AUGAUCCAGAUGCUGCUCAUCCUCGACCUCCAGGAGGGACUUUACACCCUCGCACGGGACUUUGAUGCUACCCUUUACCGAGACAGUAUCAUUGCUCAUGCAGCACUGGGAAAGGUCUUUGACAUUCCUGUGGUCAUGACAACAUCUGCGCAGACAGGCCCCAAUGGACAGUUACCCCAGGAGAUCUUGGAUAUGUAUCCAGAUGCUCCUCUUAUCCAGCGCCAGGGUGAGGUAGACGCCUGGGACAAUGAAGACUUUCGCGCAGCAGUGAAGGCAACGGGCAAAAGCCAGGUCAUUGUUGGUGGAAUCGUGACGGACGUCUGCACGACGUUCUUGGCGCUCUCCCUCCGUGCCGAAGGGUAUUCCGUUUGGGCCAACGUAGAGGCAUCUGGAACUACCACACCUCUCAUCCGUGACGUUUCGAACGACCGCAUGGCAAAUGCCGGAGUGCAAAUUGUUUCUCUGUUCUCCAUCGUAUGUGAUCUGAUGCGCGACUGGCGAGCCGUGCCUGGCGCCGCAGAGCUUAUCCCCUGGUUGGACAAGUACUAUCCUGUGUACGGAUAUCUUGCCCGUGGGCAUCGUGCUGCUAUUGAUAACGGCACUAUCAUCCCCGGAGAGGCUGCUCUCCCAGCCUGA